GAGAUGCAUGGACACAGCUGAGCUCACCAUUGCCCAAGACAAAGAAGCUGAGGGUGAUAAUGCAGUGCUUUCAUGUUUGCGUGUGUGUGUGUGUGUGCGGCCAGCCUUGCUACUCAAAGUUAGUUUGGUAAACUGAUAGGAGAACCUCGAAGAUGGAAGGCAAGCAGAACUGUGGUGCAGCAGAUGUGGAGAAAAUGGCUGGAAGGGUUUGAAAUUCAAAAGAUUUUUGGUUUCUCUUCAUUGGCCCAUGACUGUUCACCUGUUGAAAGUGGAAGGAAGACCUGCAAGGAGAUUCAUUCAGGAGGGUAUUAUUGUCUUAACUUCAGCUGGGUGUGCCAUUGAGAGAAAAAUCCAGCAGGAUGGAGAAGUUUAAAGCAGCCAUGGUUCUCGGUGCCGUUGGCGACGCUUUGGGCUACAGGAAGGGUCGCUGGGAAAGCUGCACGUCAGGCAAGAAGAUCCAAGAAGAGCUGGCGUCUCUGGGGGGACUGGAGUCCCUGAAGCUGGACCCUGACAACUGGCCCCUGAGUGAUGCAGUGCUGAUGCACAUGACCACAGCUGAAGCCCUCAUAACAGAUUACUGGUGUCUGGAGGACUUGUACAGGGAGGUAGUGCGUCUCUAUGUGGAAGCCAUGGUCUCUCUCCAGGGACGAGCUCCUGAUCCCGGCACCGUGGAGCCCUGCGUUCACCUAAAACCUCAUAACUUCCUGCUCGCUUGGCAUACACCUUUCAAUGAAAAGGGGUCUGGAUUUGGAGCAGCAGCCAAAGCCAUGUGUGUUGGUAUGAGAUACUGGCAGCCUGAGAGACUGGAUAACUUGGUGGAGGUCAGCAUUGAGAUUGGCAGAAUGACCCAUAACCACCCAACAGGCUUCCUCGGCUCCCUGACAACAGCAUUAUUUGCAUCCUUUGCAAUCCAGGGGAAGCCUCUUGUGACUUGGGGCCGUGAGCUCAUGAAGGUCAUCCCCCGAGCAGAGGAGUACUGCAAGAAGACAAUACGACACAUGGCAGAAUAUCAGGAAAACUGGUUUUAUUUUGAGGCUAAGUGGCAGUUUUACCUUGAAGAGCGAGAAAUUGACAAGGACGGACAAAACAAACCAUCAUUUCCUGAUGGCUAUGAUGCAGAGGAGACUGAUAAACAGAUGUACAAGCGUUGGAGUUCAGAGGGUCGGGCAGGGCGCAGAGGUCAUGAUGCUCCCAUGAUCGCCUACGAUGCGCUUCUGGCCUCAGGAAGCAACUGGACUGAGCUGUGCAAACGAGCCAUGUUUCAUGGAGGUGAGAGUGAAGCCACGGGCCUCAUCGCAGGCUGCCUCUAUGGCCUCAUGAAUGGCCUGAGCCAGGUUCCUCAGAACCUGCACCGGGACUUGGACAAAAGAGAACGGCUGGAGGAGCUGGGAGAAGCACUCUAUAAUGCAGCUUCUGCAGAGAAAUGCACAGAGAAGUAAUCCUGAUCUCCACUGAGCUGAACUCUACUGGCUGUCAGAGGAACAGAGCGUGACUCCUCACUGUGGCCAACACCCUCCUUCAUUCCCUGACUAGUUUUAUGAGUCAUGCUGUCCUUUUCUCACCGCUCACUCCUUGCUCUCUUUGAUUUUUUCUGUCCACUAUCCACACAUCUGUCAAAGGUUUUAUAAAAAGGUUAAAUUGCAUCUCACUAAAGAUGCGUAACUAAGAAACGUUAAAAGAAAGGAAUUAGCCUGACUUUUUUUCUUUGAAUAUCUUACUUAUUAUCAUUCAUAUGUAAUCAGUUGUCACAAAUCCAGAUAUCAUGCUGUUUGCUUAAAAGAAUCAUUGUCUUGAUCUGCCAGUGACAGAGUUGUGGGGAAAGAAAAAACCUUCUGCUUUUUUUAACUUUAGUAACUUGGAGGUGGGGGAAGGUAGAUCUUUCCUUUCUCUGACUGAUGCAUUUUUUUCUAAACCUAACGUUUAUUAACAUGAAGCACAAAGAGAAAAAUAAUUAAUCUAAUCAGCUUACAGUUUGAGCAAGUGCUGUCAGUGAAGGUGUGAGAAAACCUGCUUCUGCAGCUAGCUUUUGCUUAACUAAUUUUCUUUUGAAUCAAAGAUUUUCAGAAAAGAAUUUAAAUAUACAAGUUUAACUUUUUAACCUUUUGCUGUCCUUAGCUUAGUGGUGCAAUCAGGGUUGGCUUGAAAUGAAUAAAAGGUCGAGUUGUGAAAUAAGAAUAAUGUUUCCCUGUACUGUGUGAAAGUAUUUGCACAACACUCGUAUUACAGUUUUAAACCACAGAAAUGUGAAAAAGCUAAAAAGAAAAACAACAA